AUGUUCUUGCAACGCUCCGCCAUCGCCGUCACCCGCCGGGCUGCCGUGUCCCCCGUGCUGAGACGCAGCUUCGCUACCACCCUCCUUCGCCGCGAUGCCGUUCCGGAUGCCGCGAAGCAGGACACCAAGCUGAAGGCCCUUGCCGAUAUCAAGACUCGCGAGGAUCUUCUGGGACCCGGCGCCAAGCCUGGCACUGUUCCCACAGAUAUCGAGCAGUCCACCGGUAUGGAGCGGCUAGAAAUCUUGGGCAAGAUGGAGGGAGUUGACAUCUUCGACAUGCGACCUCUUGAUGCAUCCCGAAAAGGCACUGUGGAGAACCCAAUUCUGGUCCGCUCUGCUGGUGACGAGCAGUAUGCCGGUUGCACCGGCAGCCCGGCUGACUCCCACAACGUCAUCUGGCUCGGCAUGUCCCGUGAGCGGCCGGUCGAGCGAUGCCCCGAGUGCGGCAGCGUCUACAAGAUGGAGUACGUCGGCGCGCAGGAUGAUGGUCACGACCACGGCCACGACCACCAUCACGGGUACGAGGAGCCCAAGACAUUCGCCAACUUUGUCAAGCCCCAGUAUUGGUAA